AAAAAGAUUAUUUGACACAAAUAAUUUUCCCAGAUGUAUAUCAUAAAUCACACGAUGAUAAACAAUGGUUUGAAGAUUAUGAUGAAAACAAAUUUUUCAUAUAUGAUGAUUUUUAUAAUUACAAUAUAGAGUACUCGACGCUAUUGAUACUAAUCAAUAAUAAGCCACAUAUGGUUCAAAAAAAGGGCUCAUAUGAAAAUUUUAUCAACCUUCGAUUUGAUAUUGAGUUCAAUUCUAAUAUCACUCUUGAAGAGAUUGGUUAUAUAACUAAGCAUAAUUCAAUCAAAGAACAAAAUGGAAUAUGGUAUUACAACCAUAAUUUUAAUUUACAAGUUGAUAAAUUUGAAUUAACAGACUAUAGAAUUGAAAAUAAAUUACAUGUUAAUACAAUUGUAUAUCCUGAGAUAAAAAGAAAAUUAGAAAAUAGAUUAUGUAGAACUAAAAGAAAAAGGAUUCAAUUCAAGGGUUACAAAGAAGGAAAAAUUGAUUAUGUAAUUGAAGAUUUGGAUAAUGAUGAAAAAUACUAUUUAGAUGCUUCAACAUCUUCUUUGUCUUCUAAUGAUUCUGAGAUGACAAAACGUAGAAAAAAAGGAAAAACUGUUUGUACAGAAAACUAA